GAGGCGCAUCACACAGCAGGAGCGAGUGAAAAUCGCAGCAGCAGCUAGCAGCAGCAAUGGCGGCCUCCAUGAUCUCGUCGUCAGCUCUGGUGGCGCCGGCCAGGGCCCAGGGCCUGCCGUCCCUCGGCCGCCGCGCCUCCUCCUUCGCCGUCGUCUGCGGCACCGGCAAGAAGAUCAAGACCGACAAGCCCUUCGGGAUUGGGGGUGGCCUGACCGUCGACAAAGAUGCCUCCGGGAGGAAGGUCAAGGGCAAGGGCGUGUACCAGUUCGUCGACAAGUACGGCGCCAACGUCGACGGAUACAGCCCAAUCUACAAGGAGGAGGACUGGUCUCCCACCGGUGACGUCUACGUCGGCGGAACCACCGGACUUCUGAUCUGGGCCGUCACCCUCGCCGGGCUCCUUGGUGGCGGCGCCCUCCUUGUUUACAACACCAGCGCCCUCGCCAGCUAAGAACAUUAUUCAUGCAAGCGCUUGCGGUUCGUGUAAGAUCAGCCCGGGUGUCUGUCUGUAAUCUAGCCUGCUUGGGAUGCCCAAUAUAAUGCUUGGUUCAAGCAACAAUGCUACUACGGCUCUCCAUACUUUUGGGACAAUGAUUAAUUACUUGAUGAUGCUAUAUAUUUAGAUUAAAUAACUGGUAACUUUCUCUGUU